AUGGCUGCCGCAAAGUGCAAAUUGGACAUGGUGAGACAGCUCGUCCGGACCGGUGCCGACCACGGCAUCGUGGACUCUGCGUUCGGCGAAUCAGUGCUAUACUCUGCUGUUGGACACGAACACGAACCGAGCGGACGAGAGAUCAUCGAAUACCUCGUGGAGGAAGUCAGCGUCGACGACAACGCUCGCGGCGGCAAAUGGAUUUAUCCUCUUCUGCGGGUGGUGGGUGAGCAACCCGAUCUUGACGCUCAGGGCCAUGAGGAGGACCGCGAAUCGCAGUACUACUCCCAAACGGCGGCUGGGAGGAAUCGUGGGAAGAUGCAUGACCCAGAGCACACGUACACUGACUUGGAUGAGUAUGAAAAGGAGAUCAGGGGAGGAUCACCUGUGUCUGCUGACCAGUCUGAGUAUGGAGGCGAGACCGGAAGUGAGAAUGAAGAGCGAGACGAAGAUGACAGCGAAAGCGAAGAGGAGGAAGAGGAUGACAGUGAGUAG